UAAGCUCUCGUGGGUCCGUUUCAUGGGCCGUAUUAGUAUUCCUGUCCUAUGAGUGUGCAGUGUUGCUAGCCACGUCAGACAGCCAGCUACCGAGCGUCUCCUACCAAGGUUAGAUGUAUUCUCAGAAGAAGACCUUGGAAGCGAGAUCGGGAUUAUCAAUGGCAACCAUUAAUAGCUUUUGUUUCCCCGUUUGGCUAUCUCUUUACAUGUUCUGUCGAAAUUAGUGUUGUUUGCACUAGUGGCACAGGCGCCGUUUGAUGCUGUUGGGGGGAUGAUGUGAUGUUGCCGUAGAGGUGUUCGCAAAACCAAGAAACAUCAUCGCCUGCUUGCAGUGCUUCAUGGAAACUCGUAACUGCAAGAAAUGGUCGCAUCUGACUUCCUGUGAAUCCGCCUCAGAGGUAGAAGAAGCGGCGGUGCGCGAGGGGGACAUUUCAGCCGGAGUCGGUCCACUGCUGGGGUGAAGGUGACUUGCCUUGCAGUCGAAGCUAUGCGGAAAGGAGUCGCGAGCACUCAUCCGGCACUCCUGCGCGCUAAAGGUUGCCUGCGAAAUUAUCUGUUUCAGCAGUAGGAGCCACUGGGUCGCUGUCGGUGCCUCUGCCUGGCCAGAUACAGAGAACAAACGAUCUAUCAAAUAAAUUUUUAAAGAAAACGUAGUUAAACUGAAGAAAAGGGAGAAGAAAUACAUAACCAUUCCCCAACGGUUUAGGUUUUGUCAGUGGAUGUGUAUGCAUGAGUUCUGCACCGAAUGGGCGCAAGAACCGCCCCAGAUCCGCCGGGAACAUUUUUCAAAUCGGCAAGCCCCCUACAAGGGACCCCGAGCGCAGGGAGAGUACAGAGAGCAGCCGAAAAGCCCAGCGUGCCGUGGACGACUGCAGGAUGAUUGUCCAGGAGUUCAAUACACUUGUGGCCCUGUAUCGUGAGCUGGUCAUUUCUAUUGGGGAGAUAUCGGUCGAUUGCCCUUCCCUACGAGCAGAGAUGCACAAGACGCGAACCAAAGGCUGCGACAUGGCUCGAGCCGCGCAUCAGAAUCUCUCCGUAAUUUCGGGGCCGGAGGACGGUGAGAUUCACCCGGAGAUCUGCAGGCUCUUCAUCCAGCUGCAGUGCUGCCUGGAGAUGUACAUCACCGAGAUGCUGAAGUCCGUCUGCCUGCUGGGCUCCCUACAGCUGCACAGGAAAGGGAAGGACUUGAACCCGGCUCUGAGGGUCGACUGCAGGGUGGACGAGAGCUCGGACAUUCCCAUCCUGGAGGACACUUCGUCCUCGCCCGUGGAAUCCCUGCAGUAUGGCUGGCUCGUUUCCACCGACAUCGAGAACACCGAAAGGGACAUGAGAGACAUGAAGAACCUUCUUAGCAAACUCAGGGAGACUAUGCCUUUACCACUGAAGAACCAAGAUGACAGCAGCCUGCUGAAUCUCACUCCCUACCCACUGGUGCGGCAGAGGAAGAGGCGUUUCUACGGACUCUGCUGCCUGGUGUCCAGUUAAGAGCCGGCCCAAGCUCCGCCCCCAACUAUGCCCCAAACUCCGCCCCCUGCUCCUGCUGCCAGCCCUGGGGGAAACAGCACUUCGGACACUGCGUCAGUCAACAUUACCCAUAAUCCCUGACCACUGGUGUCUCCCGCCACCAUUAUGAAAAACUAAUAUCUGUCGAUACACGGUAAAAUAUCACAUUGAAAAUUUAAUUAAUAAAAAAUGACUCACUUAAUAUAAUUGGUGAUUUAGCAGAAACUCUAUCAGUUGUUGCCAACUGUGCAUGCAAAAAUGAUCUGCAUAUAUUAAGAUUUAAAAUAUUUGAGAGUGUCAUUUUAAAAUGUUUUACGGUAUGUCUGGAAUUCCAUUUAUGAAAGUGGCAAAAACUGAUAUGGCUUACUUUCAAUAUAUGCAGUACAUUGUGCACUGCACAAAAUGACAUUUAAAAAGGUGUAUUUUAACGUGUGUUAACAUGAUAUUUCUUUUUCCUAAGGGCAACCUGUUACUGCCAUUUCCGAUGUAGUUCUUUUUUUGUUGAAAAGGCUGCCCAUUUUCUAGUUUUAUUUUGUGAUAUGAAAAUAAUUCUUUAAAAAAAAAACAAGAAAUAAAAGUAACAAAAUCAA